AUGCGGCUCGCGUGGUACGCAGGGACCUCCGCGGCCCUCGCGGCCGCCGUGGUUGCGUCGGCAUUCUACCAGCGCGCCAACUUCUACUCGGCCAUGGUUCACAUCGCCCAGAGCAGCUUGUCGUUGAUGGUUCUAAUAAACCUGGUGUUCGUCGUCUAUGGCUCGUUCAUGUACGGUCUACAACGCCUCUGCUUCGGCCCCCUCCGCCCCACCGAAGUCGAGCAGCUCUACGAGAAGGCCUGGUUCGCCGUCACCGAGACGUGCCUGGCCAUGACCAUCUUCCGCGAAGAGGUCGGCGCCUUCUUCCUCGUCAUGUUCACCGCGCUGGUAACCGGCAAGGUCUGGGGCUGGAUUGGCGAGGGCCGCGUCGAAGUGCUCGAGCAGCAACCGCCCGCGAACCCGCGCCUCUUCCACGCCCGCCUCGGCAUCUCGCUCUUCGUCAGCAUCGCCUACGACGUCUGGCUGCUCACCUAUGCCGUCAACACGGUGGUGGAGCAGGCGAAGCCCACCAUGAUGGUCAUGUUCCUCUUCGAGUUCGCCGUCCUGUUGGUCUGCUCGCUCCACACAAGCUCCCGGUACAUCAUCUCGCUCGUGGAACAGCACGUCAUCAAGACCCAGACGCGCCAGCGCCUCGAGGAUCGCCGGCGGCGCGUCAGGGAGCAGAGGGCUGAGAUCCUAAGGCGGAGAGAGGCCGAGGGCGCGGCCGGUGACGCCAACGAAGAGCUUCCCGACGAAAACGACGUGGACGAGAUGGACAUCGAGGUGCCUGGUUGGGAAUUGAAGGGACAGUGGGUGCUGUCCUUGGACCUCAUAGCCGACUUUAUCAAGCUCGGGAUAUACUCGGCCUUCUUCUUCGUGCUCCUGACCUUCUACGGCCUUCCCAUCCACAUUAUGCGGGACUGGUUCAUGACCACUAGGUCGUUCCUCAAAAGGCUCCACGCCCUCAUCCGCUACCGGCAGGCCCUGAAACACAUGGACCAAUACCCCGAUGCCACAGCGGAAGACCUGGGCCGCGAAGAUACCUGCAUCAUCUGCAGAGAGGAGAUGCGCGCUUGGGACCCCUCCGAUAACACGCAGGUGGAGCGUACCCGGGCGAAGAAGCUCCCGUGUGGCCAUAUCCUGCACUUCGGCUGCCUCAAGAGCUGGCUUGAGCGGCAGCAAGUAUGCCCGACCUGCCGGCGGCCGGUUGCCCGGGAGGGGGCGCAACCGCCGGCCGCCAACGGCGGGGCCGUGGUGCUCAGGCUGGGGCUUAACUUCCCUGCCGGCCAGAACCAACAGGCCCAGCCGCCGGCCGGCGGACCAGCCCCUGCGCCCGGCCAGCCUGCGCAGGGAGGAGCCGCAGAUAACCGAGGAGAAGAUCUGAACCGCAACUUCAGGAUGUUCAACCUUGGGCCCAUUAGGCUCGGGUUUGCUCAGGGUCGCGUUGACGACAUCCACGAGAUCGCCCGCCGAUUGCAGAUACCACCUGAUGCCGUGAAUCAACCUGCACCAAGACCUCCGGGGGCGGCGGCGCCACAAGAAACCAACAACGCGCCCAAUCUUGAUCAGAUCCGCGCCCAACUCCUCACUCUUGGGCAGCAAGUUCGGCAAGAGGUGUUGGACGCGCACUACGCGGCGCAUGAGGUCCACCUUUUGAGCCUUUUGGUCAACGAGUUGACGCGUCUCCGCCAGUUGCAGCAACAGCCGCGCAGCCAACAGCAGGCAGCGCAGCAAGGCGGGCCAGCCGUGAUCCACGGAGGGCAACUGCCGAUGCAAAUGCAUCCCCCAAUGGCCACAAUUCCCUUCUUCCCCCCAGCGCUGUACGGGCAGCCUCCGAUACCCCAUGCGCAGCAACCGCCGGCCGCCAGAGCACCGGCACCUACCAUCACCAGACACGUCGGUGCCGGAUAUGGGGCCGCCAUUCCGGCCGGCAGCCCCGACUUGCCCGAAGGCGUCGUUAUCCCUCCGGGCUGGUCGCUGCUCCCGCUUCAGCGGAUGGACGGCGAAGCGCCACCGCCAGAGGCUGUCGGGCACAUGGCCCACGGUCGUAUGCCGGACAUCAUACGGGCCUUCUACUCACAAAUUAACAACCAACCUCGUUCGCGGGGCACCAGCCCUGCGCCUGGGGCUGGUCUGUCUGCGCAAACGGGAAGGACUACCGCGCCCACAACGGCGACAACGAGCAACCCACCGGAGCCGGCCCGGGCACCCGGAGCAAUGCGGAGCGCCGCUGCGGCCUCAGAUGCCGUCGGGCAAAGACAACCGCAGGUGUCGGCGCCCACCCCUCUGGCGCCCAACUGGGGACAUCCCGCCCCUCUCGUUGGCGGCGACCGGGCCCUGGGGCCGUUUGGGUACCGCGUCGACCUCGACCAGGGCCAUCAGGACGAGCCUGGUGAGAGCAGUAGCGCUGGGGCCGCGGCAGCCUCAAGAACCGCAACAUCCACUGCGGUCAAUGGAGUGACUCCCGGCGAGAGGAGUAGUGGACCGCCGGAAGAAGACGCCGGGAUGAACGGCAGCACUGACGAGCGAGGGCCGAGGGCUGCGACGGUGGAGGAGGCGGACGAUGCGGAGGAUGAAUGAACGGGCUCUGGAAGCAAGCUCAGCACGCCACAUGUCUAUUUUCCCAAAGCGAAACAGCGGCACAGCUCUUAUGGCGUUGGCAGUUAGCGCCGGGACUGUAUUUGUGAGAUGUAAAUGUACACUGGGAGGAGCAGUUCAGUUUGGAGUCUGGGGCGUGUCCUCGACACUUCCGUGUUGCGUUGUGCGCCUGUCAUAUUAAGGGGUUCGGCUGCGAAUACCACCGGUCUUCGUCG